AUGAACAGCAAAGUUACUCUCUUCACCCUUACUCUCAUUGUACUUUAUGUGGCUUCCACAGAAGCUGCAUUAGUUGGAACAACAGGAAUGAGCCUGCACUGUCAGUGUAUCAAAACAACUUCAAAAUUCAUCCAUCCAAAGGCCAUGGAGAAUAUUGCCAUUAUUCCAAGCAGUCCUCACUGUGAAAAUGUAGAAAUUAGUGCCACUCUUCAGAAUACUAAUCAAUUUUGUCUGAAUCCCGAAUCUGCCUGGGUGAAAAAAAUUAUUAACAAGAUGAUCAGUCACUAUUCUACCAUUCACAUGUCCUCUAGAUACAUCUUCUGUUAUUUAACAUGUCCCAUUAGCCUUGCAAUGUGA